AUGGCUGGACAAUGCGACCAGGACGUCUACGUCCAACUAAUGUCGACUCUCGGCCACGGUUAUCCCCUUUGGCUUCCCAACCACGAUCCUAACCUUCCUCCCACUUAUCCCAAAGAUGGAACGCGAGUUGGCGACCUUGGAUACCUCACCGAUGAGGGUGGUUUCGCAUAUCUCUUCAAUGUGUGCACGGAUGUGAACAAUCCCUCUAAUUUCGGCAGGGUUCCUCCCGACUUCGUACCACUGAAAGACAUCCCGGAGCCCGCUGUAGAGAAGCGCCUAGAAUUGCACGGAAAAAAUACAGUGCUCACUGCUUCUUCUGGGCGCCAGUCGCCGAUACGGCUUGACCAGCCACCCGUUCGCGUAAAAUUCGAAGCAGGACGUGGGUAUGAAUUUACGUGUUCAGCCGCUCAAGCCGCUAUUCUUGUCCUUCCCGAUGGCGGGGAACGAUAUGAUUCCAUCCUCCCCCAUCUUCUCGAAAAAUAUGCGGCUGCCAACGCUCAUAGUUGGUACAAAUAUUUCAACAGCCCCGCACAGCACAGACAAAUCCGUAAUGGUAUGCUGUAUCUGGUGACUGGAUUCGACAAAUGUCGUUCUUGGGGCAACGCUUGUUAUUCGCGUCCGUCAGAUUCACCGUCCAUUUCGCCGAAGUUUUCGACCACAGGUACUACAGGAUUGGAUGGUUCGAUGCGGUACAGUUGGGACGUACAAAAUUUGAAGGGCAUACACACACAGAGUUAUUUUCCUGGCACGGUCGGGAUGCCAGCCAGCCAGACCGUCUUUUUACGUGGAUAUUCCAUUUCUGUUCGUCCAGAUCCAUCAUUCCAAGGAUUGGCUGUCGGACCGGUUUCGACUUCUAGACGUAUCGCCAAAGGUUCCCAGCGGCGACAGCAGUCGUUGGCAGUUGGCAGUCGUGGUAACGUUGCCAAACCUAAUACCUAUUCGAAUUUGGACAUUCCUUACUCCCACACCAAUCUAUACACGAAUACCUCUGUUCAGUCAUUCUCGAAACAGUACAAGGCCAUCAAUCCUUCAAACCUUCAAGUUUCCCUUCCUUCACAGUUCUCUGGUGCUCAAAUCGCACUCACCCACGACGGGCAUUGGAUGAGUAUGGUAAAAGAUGGCCAGAAUCCACUUGACGCUCGCUUUGCAAGCUAUGCUAUAGAGGACAACCUCCUUUCAGUUAGUAAACUUGAGGUUCCAACUGAAAAUGCUUGGGUAGCAAAAGGAACAACGCUGAGCCGUGAACCCCCUACUCCAGAGACUCGCGGCAUUUUUGCUUUGGUCAUCGGCAUCGACGAAUAUGAAUACGAGGGAUAUGAGAAUCUAUUGGCCGCUGUUGCUGAUGCGGAUCGAUUUGAGAAUUAUCUUCUUGAAGGUUUGCGAACCCCAGAGGAACACAUCGUCAGUCUCCGCAACGGUCAGGCAACAAGAAAAGCUAUCAUUGAUGGGUUCAAAAGUCUCACACACAAUCCGAGGAUUGUCCCAGGAAUGACGGCCAUCAUCAUCUAUUACUCGGGCCAUGGAGCAGUGACUCCCAAGCCAGAUGAAUGGACGGAUUGGCAAACCUAUGACAACGAAAUAGAAAUGCUGUGUCCUACGGACAUUGGAGUUCCAUACGCUGAUGACAAGGUUGUAGAAGGUAUUCCGGAUCGAACGAUUAGCGAGCUUCUACUGGAGUUGGCAACUGCCAAGGGGAAUAACAUUACACUGAUCCUCGACUGCUGUCACGCCGCUGGCAUCAAUCGUGGAAUGCAGCCAGCCGAUGUACAGAAUGCGAAGUCACGUCGGAUCCUUAAUCCUCCAAAACUCUCCGCCGAUUGCGAUUCUACCAUGGUCUCUCGUGGAUCUUCUGGAGUGAAGAUCACGUCGGGAUUUUCGGGUUCGCUUUGGGACUCGCAUGUACUGCUCGCAGCAUGCAAUCGUCGCCAAUCAGCCUGGGAGGUAGAUGGACAAGGCAUCUUUACUCGUGCAUUGCUCAAGAUCAUGGGAAAGAACCCUGUCAACGAACUGACGUAUAGAUCAUUGAUCCAUCGUCUAGUUAUGCCAGGAUUCCAAACGCCGCAUUUAGAAGGGAGACACACCCUUCGACGUCUGUUCGACUCUUGGGAAGAACCUGCUGAUAGUUCCAUGAUUCUUUGCCGUCAUGAACAAGGGGAACCUCACUUUGUACUCCACGCUGGACUGCUUCAUGGCAUAACUAUCGGCUCUACCUUUGAAAUCUUCAGAACAGAUCUUUCUGACUUGAAACAUCCAUUUAUAGCUGCUACGGUCAGCAAAGUGGAGACGUUCAUUUCCUUCCUCAUUCCUUUGGACCCCGGGUUCCUAACUUCCAAUAAGAAUCGUCGCGUCUGGUACGCGCGAUUACAGAAAGCUUCCGGUGCCAACUUUGGCACCUAUUGCAAUGACUCGAACAUCCUUACCCGGAUCCUUACUGAGGAUUAUGAACCUAGGAUUACGGCCCCCGUCAUUGCCGCCGAAACCUCAGACGAUGCAGACCUCUGUCUGACGGUGAAAGAUGAAGUCGUCUAUUUCGACCGAGGGAGUAACAUCCGUCUUUUCAGUCCGAACAUCGGCUUUGCCUCGCGGUUCCCUCGUGUUUCUCAAGUCAAUGACAUUGCGCACAUCAGAAGUGUCAUUAAUGGCUUUGCCCGCUUUAUCGCUCAGCUUACGAUCCCAAGUCCGCUACCCAUAGAACAGUUUGUUUCCAUCGAGAUGAACAAGCUGCAGCGUGUUGGACGUAGUCUCACUCCUGUCGGCGACAAUUUACUGUCCGCUAUCAAAGAAGAGGAAAAACCCAUUGAAUUCGUUGUAGACACGUCUCUUCCUUGGAAUCGAUCUCCUAGUUAUGGAUUCACGAUCCGUAACGUUUCCGACGUUGAUCUCUAUGUGUAUCUCUUUUACUUUGAUGCUACCAGCUUUGAGAUAGAUGCUUGGUACUCUUCAAAAAUGAGCCCUAACAACAAGGAGGAGCAGGGAUCCGUUGACAGCUGCCUUCAGAAGGGGUCAACACUCACGCUUGGCUAUGGGAACGGUGGCAUGAAUCCAUUCACGUUUACUGUGCCAGAUGGCCAAGAUGUGGAUGUCUGCUUCUUCAAGUUGUUUGUAACCGCAAAGCCAGUAGAUCUCGGAAGCAUCUCGCAAUCGUCCCCAUUCUCGGAUUUGAGGACACGCAGUAGCGGGUCUCCUGCUCCAUCCCCACCUGAUCUUACCGAAUCAUGGGCGUCGAUAGCGAUUCCUGUCGUACAGAGGCGUGCCCAACCCGUGGUUUCGAACACACCGCCUAAGCUAAGUAUUGCAGAGUCGUCUCCUAUUCCUUCCCGACAAGGUGUAGCCUCUCUCCCCCCUCCUAAUUUAGCGCCAGCGCCGGACCCUGCUCCAAUGGAGUCUUCUAAAGAACAUGCUCAACUUUCUCAGUGGCUAACCAAGAGUCUGCAAACUCUGAAAGAAGCCUCGUCGUAUGAGAAAUUGACGGCCGUAGCCCGUGCAGUUAUUACUAAGCUAUACGAAAAAGUACGUUCCUGGCUUUGGUUCUAA